AUGAGGAGGGCUAAAAAGAAAGUGGUCCCAGAUCCACCAGACCCAGAGGACAGGGGACAGAUGGGUUCUCCCGACCUGUCUUCCAUAGACAGAGCCAGCUUCAUGGAGGGCCUGCAGCAGGACUUGAGCAACCCACUUCACAGCACUGCCCUGGAGGAAGCUUUAAAUGUCCAGGUGGACAAAAGAACACUGAAGACACCAGGCAAAGGACACACUGUGGAGAGGACGGGGACAAAGGAGGAGGAUGUGGACAAGAGGAGGAGGAGUAUAAGAGUGAAGGACAAGACCAGGGGACAAGUGAAGGAGGACAAGACGACAGGAACUGGACCGAGGGACAAAACCUCUGACUCCCAGGAGGCGACGGGGUUUGGUGCAGUCCACAAGACACAUGGCAGGGUCCUGUCCUCCGAGGGGACAGACGAAGACACCAGCUGGAACCAAAGUCCAAAGAAGACUAAGGUGCUGAGUUCUGGUCGACCCAGAACGUCCCUGAGGAAGAGGUCCAGAUCCAAGAAGUCGUCAUCAGAUAAAAGACCUGGAGACGGAGCAACAUCUGGACAAACGUCCGACAGGGACAGACAGAGGAGGAAGGGUCCUGCAGGUCCAGGAGGAUCCCACUUUGAGGUUGUUCUGGAUGCCUUCCAGUACUUCUGUGACCAGUACAGUGAGUCGGUGCAGCCUGCAGCCGUCAGAGAGUCCAUCAGGAGUUUCUCCAGGAACACGGAGGAGCAGCUCCUGGAGAAGAUCUCUUCACUGAAGCAGCUGCAGACUCUGAAGAGAGACAACGUGAAGGCGGCGGCGUCCAUUCGCACAAAGACUCAGAGGCUGCUGGCUGCUAAGGCAGAGCUGAUGAGGGCAGAGAGGCAGGUGUGUCUGCUGCAGAAGGAGGAAGGUGAACUUCAGCAGAGACUCUCUGACAUCAAACAGGGCCACUCGUUCCUCCGGGGUCUCCGGGGGCUCAGCAGAUGGUACCUGGACCACAGACGGCAGCACGGCGCCAACACCGAGACGUAUGGGGCGUCCAGUCUGCCAGCUUUGUUGUUGGAAGCAAAACUUCUGCAGGUGAGCAGCAGAGACGAGACGACCAACAACCAAAGACCAGAGCAGGCCACAGCAACAGCCUGA